AUGAAAGUUCUUAUCAAAAAAUAUCCAUGUCUCUCAGUUCUUCAUGGUGAGACCUCAGGUUAUGCUGUGGAUAUGACCGGAAAUCAAGUGUCAAUUACUUGUAUUAUGCUUCUAACUGCGAUGAUUGCAAUCGGCGGUCAGGUGGUAGCUCUGAUCGUACAUUCGGUAUUCGUCCUUAAUGAAGUGCACAACGUUGUCAGCACCAACACAAGGAAGAUGCAAAAGCGCUAUUUCUUGGCAUUAACGCUCCAGCUCUUAAUCCCCGGCGUAGCGUUUGGUACCCCGUGGGGCUAUUACGGGAUUACAGGAAAAUGCCGUUCCGCGAUUAACACAAAAACUGGGGUGAUUAGUAUUGUGUCGGCUCACAUCCUGAUGUGUUGCGUGGUGGAAACUUGUUGCUUUUGGGCUCUGGAGCCCACCGAGACUCGUACGCUACUUUCCAUGGUUGACGCUAAGGAAACCCUCAACAUCACCAUCAAACCGAACACUUAUUAUUACGGAGCCGCAUUUACGUACCCCGGGCCGAGUGGCUCGACGAUCUACAACUGGCAAAUCAUCAUUGCCACCGGCAUUGCGAUUGCGGCUUAUUGCACCAUGUACUUCACGGCUUGCGUGAUUGGCGUCAGACUGUAUCAGUUUGUGAAGCUCUCCCUUCAAAGCAAGGCCCGGAAGCGUCUGCUAUCACAGCUUUUGCUGUUAUUACUGGCUCAGGCCAUCUCUCCGUUCUUUUGGGAAUUAAUUCCAGGAUUUGUCGUGCUGCUCGGUGGUCUAUUCGGUCUACCUCAUAACUGGGGCUUGUGCGCCACGGUUUAUAUGGCCGGCUACUCGACCAGUGAUGCCGUGUUGGCGUUGAUGUUGUUUAAGGCCUAUCGCCGCCGCACCAUCGAAAUCCUGCUACGCGGAAGAUGUCGCGGACGUGUGCACCAAUUCGCCACCAGCACAACCAUGGAAAAUACCACCGACAUUACGGGGAAAUAUCGAAGAGCCAUUGAUACGAAACUCGGGGUGGCAAGUAUCAUUUUCGCGCAUUUUUUGGUUUGCUGCAUUAUUGAAGUGUGUUGCUUUGCGGCGUUGGAGCCAUCGGAGACUCGAACCAGCCUUUCCUUGGCCGAUACGCAAAAAAUCCUCAACUUCACCAUCACACCCUCUACCUACUAUUAUGGAGCCGCUUUUUCGUUCCCGGGCCCGAACGGGGUUGAAAUCUACGAUUGGAAGAUGAUAAUCGCCACUGGGAUCGGGCUAGCCGUUUAUGGGGCUAUGUACCUGGGGGCUUGUGUUAUUGGCAUUAGACUGUAUCUAUAUGCGAUAUCCCCCUUCUUAUGGGAAUUCAUCCCUGGAUUUGUGGUGCUACUUGGCGGUCUAUUCGGUGUCCCACACAAUUGGGGCUUAUGCGCAACGGUGUUUAUGGCCGGCUACUCGACGAGUGAUGCGGUUUUGUCCCUUUUGUUGUUCAAAGCUUAUCGCCGUCGCAUGGCCGAUAUACUGCUGCGCGGAAACUGUCUGGGACGUCGACAACGAUUUGUCACCACGCACGCAUUAUCUGAAACGCGGCUGUGCAACUUU